AUGUUAUCUUUAAAGGCAUCAAGAGCUGAUAACUUUUAUUAUGGAAGUGUUGAGGACGAAAAAUCAAAAAAGAAAAAAGAAAAAGAAAUAAAAAAGCAAAAUAAAAAAGAUUAUUGCGAAAUAAAAUUUGAAAUACCCUACACUAUAAUAUGUACAAAAUGUGAUACUUAUAUUUACAAAGGAGAAAGAUUUAAUAGUGAAAGAAGAAAAGCUGGUUACUACAUAAGCACGUGCUUUUAUUCUUUUUCUAUUUUUUGUAAAUAUUGCUUUAAUAAAAUAAUUAUAGAAACAAAUCCAAAAAAUUGUUCUUACGAUAUUAUUGAAGGUGCUAGAAAAAAAAAUGAAAAUUAUAAAAAUAUUUUAACUCAAAAAGGAAAAAAUAAUAUUAAUACAAUAGAUUUAAAUGAUAUUAAAAAAAAAAGGGUUAAUCCUUUUAUGCUCCUAGAAAAAAAAGCUUUACAAAAUAAAAAUGUAUUAUUAUAUCAUAGCAAAGAAGAAAAUAAUAUAUUAAUUGGAAGUGAAGAAGAUAGCUUAGAAAAAGAAAAAAAAUGUGAAACUGAAGAAAAUAAAGAAAUUAAUUUUUUACAAGAAAAAAAUCAAGAAAAAGAAGAUAAGCAAGAACAUCUCGAUUUUUUAUCUAGUGAUGAAGAUAUAAACAAUGUUAUAAAAGAAAAUUAUAAAAGAAAUAAUAUGCUACAAAACGAUUUUAUUUGUAACAGUAAUUUAAGAAAACAGUUAAGAGAAAUUAAAAAUGAUAAAAUAAGACAAAAAGAAGAAUAUAAAAAGAAAAACAUUUUUAUAGAUAUUAUAAGUGAUCCUUAUGAAGAUAAAAAAUUAAAAAAAUAUAUACUAUUAAAUGAAAAAUAUAAGAAAAAUAUCAAAGCAAAAAAAAAAUUCCUGAAAAAUCAUUUAAUAACAAAAAAUAGUAUAUUUGAUAAAAAGUAUCUAAAGUAA